ACAUACCUCUGUCGUUAGCUUUGAUUGGUUAGCCUGUUUCUGCAGAAUAUGGUUAGGUAGACCCAGAGGUUAAGUGGGUUUGCCGGCUCACCUUGGAUCAUGGCGGUGCUUACCCCCAUUCUUGCGCUCUUGUACUCGGCUCCGGGACUAUGGCGUUGGAUUUCUCAGCCAUAUUAUCUCCUCUCUGCGCUGCUAUCCGUCUCCUUUCUUCUGAUCAGGAAGGUACCCCCUGUGUGCGAACACCUCCCGACCCAACGAGAAGAUGGAAACCCUUGUGACUUUGAUUGGAGGGAGGUUGAGAUCCUCAUGUUCCUCAGUGCAAUCGUCAUGAUGAAAAAUAGACGCAGCAUAACAAUUGAACAACACCUCGGCAAUAUCUUCAUGUUCAGUAAAGUAGCCAACGCUAUCCUAUUCUUCCGCCUGGACCUACGCAUGGGACUGUUGUACGUGACUCUCUGCUUAGUCUUCCUCAUGACGUGUAAGCCUCCUCUGUAUAUGGGGCCUGAACAUAUUAAGUAUUUCAACGACAAAACAAUAGAGGAGGAGAUGGAGUCUGAUGGACGUGUCUCGUGGAUCAUAGAGUUCUUUGCCAACUGGUCAUCAGAAUGUCAGUCCUUUGCUCCUAUUUAUGCAGAGUUAUCUCUGAAGUAUAACUGUGCUGGAUUAAAAUUUGGAAAGGUUGAUAUAGGAAGAUAUCCUGAUGUCAGCACCAGAUAUAAUGUCAGUACAUCACCAUUGUCCAAGCAACUGCCGACCCUCAUUCUAUUUCGAGGGGGGAAAGAGAUUAUGAGGAGACCUCAAGUUGAUAAGAAAGGUCGGGCUGUGUCAUGGAGCUUUAACCAGGAAAACGUAAUUCGCGAAUUUAACUUAAAUGAGCUGUAUCAAACGGCAAAGAAGGUUUGGAAACAGAAAGAUGAGACAGAUGCUCCCCUGGAAAACGAGAAGACGGACACAGAGGGCAAAAAGAACCAGUGACUUGACUUUAUCGCCAGGCCUUGUGGCGACCUAUGUCAGCAUAUCUUGCAGUAGCUGACUUCGGAAACUUUGCUAUGUUGUUGUAUGUCGAGUGCUUGUCAUCCUGCUUUUUAUAAGUUGUCACUUAGUGUGGUGUUGGUUUCCACUUUUAUGAUUUGAUAACUUUCAGAAACUGCUGAUCCAUUUGUAUUAACACCAAUAAACACACUGAAAAGACAA